AUGCCGGUACCUAUGGUAUACAGCGAAAGCGAGGAGACGCCGCUGCUAGCAAACACGCGAUGGAACUCCAAGGAUAUCCAUCAACAGUUCUGUCGCCUAGCUGGAAUUCCACCGUCUAAUGUCCCAAAAGAUGAGCUCAGAGAGCCUACCGCCAGAAGAUCACUUUACGGGCGCGCCGUGCACAAGCGGAAUGUUCAGAACAGGACGUACAUGUUCGCCGCCACGUUGACAAACACACUUCUCCUUUCGCAAGUUGUGUUAGGCGCAGCUCUCACGGGCUUAGGAGCGUCAGAAUCCUCGCACAUUCUGAUUACGGUCUUUGGCGCUCUGAACACCAUCAUUGCCGGGCUCGUCGCGUACCUCAAGUCAAGAGGCCAGCCGAUGCGAGCACGCAUGUUCCGAGAUGACCUUGAUCGUGUCGUCGAUGAGAUGGAGAAUUCCGAGGUGAUGUGGCUAGGCAUCCAAAGCGGGGCUCAUGGAUAUGAUGAAAUAGCUAUUGAUGAUUCAGUCAGCGUCAGGAGUGAGGUAGCCCGCUUGACGCGCUUGUAUGACAAGGUUGUAAGGAAUAAUACGAUGAACGACCCGGAUAUGUACAUCAACGCAACCACCGAUGCAGCGAAUGCCGCUCUUCGAGCUCGACCGGGUCCUUCUUUGUCGACUUCUCUUGGAUCUACCACCCCUGGCGCUGGUGCGGUCGACACGACGGCUCCUAUCGGACUUGUUGUACCGCCAACGGGAACACCUGAUGAUCCUGAUGCUGCUCCGGCUUCUGCACCGCCGAAAUCGAGAACACCACCACCGCUGAAAGAUCUACCGAAGCCGGACGACUCCUCGGCUGAUGAUGAGCCAGGGCCUGUGGAAGGCGCUGAGUCAGUCCUGCUUAAUGGUAACGCGGCGCAGAAACAAUCUGACAACUGA